GUUCCGGGGGCGCUGGCCACUGUUCUGCCACACUUCUCUCCCCUUAUCAUCCGCGCUCUCCCGACUUCCGAGACGGAAAGAAACCAUGCUGUUUUGGCACACUCAGCCGGAGCACUACAACCAGCACAACUCCGGCAGCUACCUGCGGGAUUUGACUAGUGCUCUUCAAAGGGAAAAUGAUGUCCUUGCACUGCCAAUCUUUAAGCAGGAGGAACCUCAGCUGUCCCCUGAGAAUGAAGCCAAACUGCCCCCAUUUCAGUAUGUGCUCUGUGCAGCCACAUCACCAGCUGUGAAACUUCAUGAAGAAACUCUGACUUACCUCAAUCAAGGUCAGUCUUAUGAAAUCCGACUUUUGGAGAAUCGGAAGCUGGGAGAUUUUCAAGAUCUCAACACCAAAUAUGUGAAGAGUAUCAUCCGUGUGGUUUUCCAUGACCGGCGGCUACAGUACACAGAGCAUCAGCAGCUGGAGGGCUGGAGAUGGAGUCGUCCUGGAGAUCGAAUCCUGGAUAUUGAUAUCCCUCUCUCUGUUGGCAUCUUGGAUCCCCGAGCCAGCCCAACACAAUUAAAUGCAGUGGAAUUUCUGUGGGAUCCUUCAAAAAGAGCUUCGGCAUUCAUUCAGGUACAUUGCAUCAGCACAGAAUUCACACCCAGGAAGCAUGGGGGAGAAAAGGGAGUUCCUUUUCGAGUGCAAAUUGAUACUUUUAAACAGAAUGAGAAUGGGGAGUACACAGAACAUCUGCAUUCAGCCAGUUGCCAGAUCAAAGUGUUCAAGCCAAAGGGAGCAGAUCGGAAACAGAAGACAGAUCGGGAGAAAAUGGAGAAGAGAACUGCACAAGAGAAGGAGAAGUACCAGCCAUCCUAUGAAACUACAAUCCUCACAGAGUGUUCUCCAUGGCCAGAUAUUCCUUACCAAGUAAACAAUGUCCCAUCACCGAGUUACAACAGCUCUCCAAACAGCUUCAGCCUGGGAGAUGGCAACAGUUCUCCAACUCACCAAGUGGAGCCUCUGCCUAUCAGCAAUGAUCACCUCCUUCCUUCCGCUUCUAUUCAAGAUGCCCAGCAGUGGCUUUACCGCAAUAGGUUUUCUCCGUUCUGUAGACUCUUCUCAAGUUUCUCUGGUGCUGACUUGCUGAAAAUGUCCAAAGAAGAUUUUGUUCAAAUCUGUGGCCCUGCUGAUGGGAUCCGGCUCUUCAAUGCCAUCAAAGGCAGAAACGUAAGGCCAAAGAUGACCAUCUAUGUGUGCCAGGAAUUGGAGCAGAACAGGUCUCAUCUUCAGCAGAAGAGAGAAGGUGGAGACAGCAGUUUGUGUGUGUACCAUGCUAUCUUUUUGGAAGAGCUGACCACUUUGGAGCUAAUUGAGAAGAUUGCAAACCUCUACAACAUUUCCCCUCAGCAUAUUAACAGAAUCUACAGGCAGGGACCAACAGGGAUCCAUGUGGUGGUGAGCAAUGAGAUGGUACAGAAUUUCCAAGAUGAAUCUUGUUUUGUUAUCAGCACAUUAAAAGCUGAAAGCAACGAUGGCUACCACAUCAUCUUGAAAUGUGGACUCUGAAUGCCAGGAUCCUAAACCACAUCAGACUCCAAUGCACCCCUUUUCUUCUCUCCUAUCACCUCAACGUAGACAUCACCCCAGCUGCAAAAUAAAGAGACUUGUUUGGAAAAAGCAAAAGCUCAAAGGGGACCACCAUGACUACAGAAAACAGUGAUGAUAAUGAUGAUGAUGAUGACGACGACGACUACGACAACUUGGCAGAGAUAGAAGAAAAGACACUGUCCAGAAAAUGUGCUCCUAUCCCCUUCCCUUGCUUUUCUGUCCUCAAGCCUUUUUAAACUCCAAAUUUCUCAUCCUUGUUCACUGGCCUUGUCAUUCUUGAAUGAAAAAACAGCAUUCAAUUUUUUUCUCUGAAACUCAUUCCUGGGGAGGACCCUGGGUUUGAGUUUUUUCCCUUUGGAUUCCUUGGGUUCCCUAGCUCCCAAUCCUUCUGGUUUGUUCACUUAGAGCCCCAAGGUGAAUCCUUUGUUUCACAUCAGUGCAUUCUCUGGCUAAAUGGAUCUGUGGGUAGAAUGACUAAAUUGUUGGAUGCUGGUGACUCACCCUGUGAGUCCUUCUCAUGACUACUCCUAGAAAUACUUUCCCUUUUCACUUCUUUUGGGGAAUGCCCCCAACCCUUUCCUUUUCUCUGGGAUUUAAUGAUGCAACUGAUGUGGGUUCAUUUUUGUAUUAUUAUCUUAUCUCUCCUUUCUUCCCCAUUCCCUAUCCCAAUUUCAAAAUAAUUUUGUAAAUUUUUAAAGAAUGGUACAGCCUUUAUCAGGGCAGGCUUUGUUGUAUCCUAUCCUCACUCAGAUAUUUGUGAAUGCCCCCAUUGUGGGUAUAUUAGCUUCUAUGUCAAUAGCUAUUUCUUCUGAAGACUCUAAGGAUCCUACAGCUAAAGAAAGUGGAUGUAGACUUUCACAAAUGAUAAUUGAAAUGGAACUCAAAGUAUUUUAUCUUUUAAGCAUUUGUUGAGAUUGGUGAUGGCUGGGAAAGGAAAAAGCUCCUGAGUUGCUAGUUUAACCUGAAGUGGUUUUGACAGUCAUGGUACCAGAAUUCUUGGUUUACAUAUAAAAUUUGUAGUUGAA